AUGACUGCGUGGCGAGCAACAUCAAAAGGCCACAAGCAGCAGCAAGAAGCAGGAAGCGGCAGCAACAACCUGGUUGCCACCACGGCCACAACAGCCUCAUCGCGCCAUUGCAAUUUGCAUUUAAUUGUUGUGAUUAUCUUGGCCUGCUGCACACGCUGGCUCUAUGGCUUGCCGGAUGGCCGUGCCACCUGCCGUUCAGUGCCUGGAUUGACCAAGGAUCAGGUGGAGCUCUGCUACAAGGCCAGUGAUGUGACGGCGGCAGCUCUCGAAGGACUCGACAUGGCCAUACGGGAAUGCCAAAUUCAGUUUCAAUGGCAUCGCUGGAACUGUUCGUCGCUGAGCACAAAGAGCCGCAAUCCGCAUGCCUCCAGUUUGCUGAAGAAAGGCUACCGGGAGAGUGCGUUCGCCUUUGCCAUCUCGGCUGCCGGGGUGGCCCACAGUGUGGCCCGCGCCUGCAGCCAAGGUCGUUUGAUGUCCUGCGGCUGCGACCCGACCAUCAAUCGCAAGACGCUGAACAAGAACCUGCGCCAGUCGCUGGACAAGGAGAAGAAGCAGUUUCUGCAGUACUUGGAGACCAACCAGAUACUGACGCCCGAGGAGGAGAAGAAGUACGAGCGCUCCAAGAUCGCCAGCCGCUGGAAGUGGGGCGGCUGCUCCCACAACAUGGACUUUGGGGUCGAGUACUCCAAGCUGUUCCUCGACUGCCGCGAGAAGGCCGGCGACAUUCAGUCGAAGAUCAAUCUGCACAACAAUCACGCCGGCCGGAUAGCCGUCUCCAACAACAUGGAGUUCCGGUGCAAGUGCCACGGCAUGUCCGGCAGCUGCCAGCUGAAGACCUGCUGGAAGUCCGCCCCCGACUUCCACAUUGUGGGCAAGGUGCUGAAGCACCAGUUCCGCAAGGCCAUUCUCGUGGAUCAGUCGAAUCUGGGCAACGGCGAGCCCGUGGUCGUCUUGAAACGGGCGCGCAAUAAGAAAUCAAAUGGAGGCAGCAACUCCGGAUCCACGUCCACCGAUCUGGAUGGCGCGGAUGCAUCCGGUGGCCACGACGAUGGCGGAGCAGGUGACUCCGAUGCGCGGCGGCAUGACGAGCUCGGUGUGGAGCGGGGCACGCGGCAGCCGAGCGCCGAUAAGAAUGCGGCACGAAUGGCCCGCAAACUGGAGACAUCGCUGUUCUACUAUCAGCGCUCGCCCAACUUUUGUGAGCGGGAUCUGGGUGCCGAUAUACAGGGCACCGUGGGACGCAAGUGCAACCGGAACACCACGACCAGCGACGGAUGCACCUCCCUCUGCUGUGGGCGUGGUCAUAGCCAGGUCAUCCAGCGGAGGGCGGAGCGGUGUCGCUGUAAAUUUCAAUGGUGCUGUAACGUGGAGUGCGAGGAGUGCCACGUGGAGGAGUGGAUUAGCAUAUGCAAUUGA